AUGGAUGAGAGACCCUCAGAUGUUUCAAUACUUGAGAGAACUUAUCGUUUCCAACUGCCCAAGACCCUUCGAAGUUUGGAGGUGAAAAGUGACUAUGGCUUCAUAUCAACAUUCAGUUUGCCAGCACAUCUAGACUGCUUUACUGUUGUAGAAGAAUUGGUUAUCUCAAAUUGCUCCAACAUUGUGCGCUGGCCACUGGUGGAGCUCCGGUGCUUGGCUCGACUUCGAUCUCUGCACAUUUCACACUGCACCAACCUAGGGCAGGAGGUCUUGGAGGGUUCAUCAUCCGAGGAAAACCUUCCUCUGCUCCAGCUUGAAAGGUUAUCGAUACAAUUUUGCGACAUCUUGACGAGGAUCCCCAUCUUGCCUACGUCUCUCGAGCAGCUAGACAUUUCGCACUGCAGAAGUGUGGUGGCGCUGCCUUCGGACCUUGGAAAUCUGGCAAAGCUGAAGGAGCUCUAUUUGCUAGGCUGCCAUCAGCUCCGAGCACUGCCUGAUGGGAUGGAUGGCCUCACAUCCCUUGAGGCACUGACGAUCAGAGAAUGCCCAAAGGUUCAGAAAUUCCCGGAGGGUCUGCUCCAGCGGAUCCCAACCCUGAAGACCUUGACAAUUGGGGGCUGCCCCGACCUGCAAAAACAGUGCAGACAAGGUGGAGAGUAUCUUGACUUGGUCUCUUCUAUUCCUCAUACAUCAAUUAAAUCAACAAAACCAAUAAAAAACGAUAGAUACAUGCCUCACCUGUCGGGGAUAAUGUACAAGGGCAUGCCUUUUAAUUAGAAUCAUAAGUUAGUACAUACAAGAACAUAGGAGGCAGCCAAACCAUUUUUUUUUUGUUUGACCAUUUUGAUUCGUUUUAUUCCAAAUCUGUAUCGGGAGUAAUCAGCUUGGAUAGCUAGAAGGCUAGAGAGGGUUGUAAUAGUCGGUUUGAGUGCUUAGGAGGCUCCGUGUUUGUAAUCUCAAGAAUGUUUUUCAUCUCCUUUCUUAAUACAAAGAUAUGCGGUUCUCCUGCA